UUGUGUGCGUCCUGUGAUUUCUUUUACAUAUGCCUAUGAGGAAUCUUUCAUUGUAGGAAUGAAAGUAAUUAUAACUUCAGAGAGGGAGCACAAUUAUGCCAAACAGUAAAGUGUUUGGGCCCAUCAUGAAAAUGAUGGUCAUGCAUCAGUCAUCUCUGAUUUUUAAAGUUUUUUUUUAUAUUGUAAUAGACUGCCUGGUUUGGGAGCGGCUUCUCAUCACUAAAAAUGAUAACUGAAACUGGUGUCUCUUAAGACCACAAACGGAAUGGCAAAACCAAAAAAAAAAACGAAUGUUUUAAGGGGGGUGGUGGCAUGGGGAGGUGGUGGCAAUUCCAAGCUAGAACAACUGUAACACACUAGAGAGAAUGAGGGCUGAUACCACAGAGCAGGAAGUGAUCUCAGUCACUACGGUUUCUUUCCAGCUCAGGAGUGUGGCUUCUUUAAUUCUGCAGUAUAGGCGUUGUGUGUGCAGAAGGAACGUGGUUACCUCUUGACUCACACACACUUCCCUUUGCCAUGCCAAAAGAGCCAAAAGACUUGUGGUAAGAUAAACUACAUUAUACUAGAUGAUGGGUCCCAGCUUCCUGAACACCACAAGAAUGGAGCAUGGCAUCAACAGCACCAGCAAUGUCACAACGUGCACCAAUCUAUACGACCACAGGGACACGGCCCGCGUGCUCAUGCCGUUACACUACGCCAUUGUUUUCGUCGUGGGGCUGCUUGGAAAUGGCCUGGCACUCCAUGUCAUCCGGCCCAACAUGAAGAAGAUUAACUCCACCACGCUCUACUCCACCCACUUAGUGGUGUCCGACAUCCUAUUCACGCUCUCGCUACCCCUCCGGAUUGUCUACUAUGCUAACGGCUUCCACUGGCCACUGGGUGAAUUCCUCUGCAAAGCCAGUGGCCUGAUCUUCUACAUCAACACCUACGCUGGGGUCAACUUCAUGACCUGCCUGAGCGUGGACCGCUUCAUUGCCGUGGUACUGCCACUGAAGUACAGCCGCUUCCGAAAGGUCCAGAACGUCAAGUACAUCUGUGUGGUGGUGUGGCUGGUGGUGCUGGCCCAGACACUGCCCCUAAUUGGGAUGCCUAUGACCAACAUAGAACCAGAUGGGUAUAUCACCUGCAUGGAGUAUCCCAACUUUGAGAAGGUGGACAACCUACCCUACAUGCUCAUUGGCGCUGUCUUCCUGGGCUAUGGUAUCCCUGUGGUGACCAUCCUGGCCUGUUAUUCUGUGCUGUGCUGGAAGCUGCACUUUGCUGCCAAGAACAACCACCUGACGGAGAAGUCGGGCCGGAGUAAGAAAGCCAUUGGGGUCAUCUGCUGCGUCAUCCUGGUCUUUGUGGUGUGCUACAGCCCCUAUCACAUCGACAUCCUGCAGUACAUGAUCAGAAAGCUGCACUACACACCUGACUGCACAGAGCUGCACUCCUUCCAGGUGUCUCUGCACAUCACCGUCUGCCUAAUGAACUUCAACAGUUGCAUGGACCCCUUCAUCUAUUUCUUUGCAUGCAAGGGCUACAAGAGGAAGAUCAUGAAGAUGAUGAAGAGGCCGGUGAGCGUGUCCCUGUCUAGUGUGGUCAGGACCUCACCAGAGGGCUCCUCCAGGGACUUUAUUGAUGGACACAAAAUCCACCUCAACAACACCCGGAGCCAUGAAUGACAGUGGCCGAGCACAGUGUGCUGAGGGUUUGGAGCAGAUUAUAACCGUGCCUACAGCAAGAGUAUACAUGAACAUGGGAGAGAAAGUCUGCUGAGUUGGUGACAUAAAAAGGAACUGUUCUGACAAAAGAAAACUCAUCUGUUGACAUGACAACGUGUUAAACAGGAAACCAUCUGGCGAAAAUAUACCGUUACUGAGAGUGAAACAGGAGGGCCAUGUGUGUGAGUUUGGGAAAUGUAUUUUGUGAGGCAAAGUGUUACACACAGAUAAGACAGUGUUAAGAGCAACAGCAAAAAGUUCGAUGUGAGACUGAUAGAGAAAUCGCGAUGUCAAAUGUUUUUUAGCUUUGAUAAACAGAUAUGAUGAU